CGACGUUCAUCGCUCUUCUUCAAAGCCGCUCUCCGAUUCUCCGUCGAACUUCAUCAUCGUUGUAAUUUGAAGUACUACAAUUGCAAUGGAAGCAAACCAAACUCAAACAAUGUCGAUGCAACUCCCUCACAAGGCAGCUCGUUGUCCUUUGAAGUUCAAAGUAACUCCAAAAGGUGUAUGGCCUAUAGAUGAAGAUAAGUUACUCGUAGGCACUGAUGGGACUCGCAUGCCUUCCACGGUGAAGCCAUCUGUGCUGUUGAACUCGGGCAAAAGGAAGCCAGAAAUGCCUCUGGACGGGCAAAGGUGCAAAAAGCAAAAGAUGCCCAUUGAUGAUCAAUGGCAAAGGAAAAGAGUUUCUGUUGCUGUAACUAAGAAGCUGGAGGCUAAUGUUCUGUUGAAGCCAUCUCCCAAGCGGGGCCCAGAGACGUCUCUCGAUGAUCAUUGCUGCAAACUUGAGUGCAGUAAGAUUUUGAAAGGACUGAUGGAUCGUAGACCAUCACAAGCAUUCAGUAAGCCGGUCGAUCCAGUGAAGACUCCGGAUUACUUCAAGAUGAUUAAGAAUCCAAUGGAUUUAGGAACGAUAAAACAUAAGCUCGAGAGGAAUAUGUACUCUGCUGCAAAGGAAUUUGCUGAUGACGUGCUGCUGACUUUUGGGAAUGCAAUGUCGUAUCACCCUCCUUCGUCUGAAGUUUAUCGCUCAGCAAGGCUAUUGAAGUGUAAUUUCGGGAGGAUGUGGGAAAUAUUGGAUGCAAAAUUGAAGCCAGUUGUAGAAAACAACCACCAAGUUAUGAAGCCAGCAGCUGGUCUUAUGAAAGCUCCCGUACCUGAAAAACGUGGCAACUCAAGGCAAACAUCACUUGAGAAAAGAUUGAAGUCAAAACCAGGCAUUAAGCAUGUCAAGCAAAGAAAGACAGCACUUAAUGGAUUCUCAUUGAUGAGCACAACUGUUGACGAAGAAUUAGCUAUUGAUGCUCGUACUCGUGGGGCUGCUCCCAAUGAAGAAAAAAGUCCUUGUUCAACCUCUGCCACGACUCCUGCAUCUGAAGAUUUGAACAUGAUUAUGAAUAGUUUCACACUUUUCAUAAUUGGUUACACUUCUAUAGGUUUCAUGGCUGGUGUCCAAGAGUUCCCAAAGAAGGCUUCACGGGUUGCAAUGCUCAAAAGCCGCUUUGCAGAUACUAUCUUCAAAGCUACACAUCCGUCACUUGAUGAAAAAACAAGGAUCAAAGAACAACUCAAAGCUGCUGAAAUGGCCUCCCGUGAGAGAGAAAGAAAUGCUGCAAGGAUGGCACUAGAGAUGAUGGAAAAGACUGCUGAGAUCGAUCGCCCUCCAAACAUGUUGGAAGAUAUGGAUAUUCUAUUUGGUCGCUAUCCAAAUUCGAAGUUAUUGGAGCAAAUUGGCUUGUUCUUGAAGGAGAACUAUGUGGAAGAUGAUGAUCCAGAAGAGGGAGAACUUUUCUAGUAGAAAUGUGAUUGUAUAUUCCCCCCAAAAAAAGGGAAGGAAUCGUAUAUUAAAAAUUGUAUAUACAUUCAUGAAUUGUAAUCUAUGAAGAAAAGUUCUUGA